AUGACUGGGGAUCUUUAUCUACUAGAUUAUGGCGCAGGAAACGUCCGCAGUUUGGCCAACUCACUGGCCAAGAUCGGAUAUGAAUUUGAGUGGAUCAAGUCCCCCGAGGACUUUGACAAGGCAAAACGCCUAAUCUUUCCAGGCGUAGGAGCUUUUCGAUCUGCUAUCGUACAUCUCACAACAUCGGGUCUAUUCGAACCUUUGAAAGCAUACAUUGCAUCGGGAAAGCCGUAUUUUGGUAUAUGCAUAGGGAUGCAGGUCCUUUUCGAGUCGUCUGCCGAAAAUCCGGACACCAAGGGACUUGGAAUCAUCCCAGCCACUAUCGAAGAGUUUGGACGAGACGACAAGGCCGUUCCGCACAUGGGAUGGAAUAGUGCCGAGCCCCUUGUAGAUGAUGAAGCCGAGACAGGUAUCAACAAAACAUCUGCGUACUACUUUGUCCAUUCCUUCCGAGCUCCGUAUGAUCCUCUAAACGAAUGGGCGCAUUCGACGACUCAGUACGGUCAAGAGUUAUUCUUGGCGAGUGUUAGGAAAGGAAAUGUCUUUGCUACUCAGUUUCACCCUGAAAAGUCUGGCGAGGCAGGGCUGAGUGUGCUCAAGGCUUGGCUAAGCGCUCCACUUGACGCAACUAAAGCUCCAACACAGCGAGCUACUCGAGCUCUCGCACCAAACGACGGGUUCAUCAGGCGAGUCAUCGCGUGCAUGGACGUCCGCGCCAACGACGAGGGUGAUCUCGUAGUUACAAAAGGCGACCAGUACGACGUGCGAGAAAAGGAAACAGGACCCAAGACAGAAGUCGUCCUCUCAUCGGGGUCUUCGUCCCGGCCUUCCUCGCCCGCCCGGGCAGUACGAAACUUGGGCAAACCUGUGGCGCUCGCCAAGGCGUAUUAUGAUGCGGGGGCGGAUGAAAUUUGCCUACUCAACAUUACAUCGUUCCGUUCCUCUCCGCUGGUGGACCAGCCUAUGCUCGCGGUUGUUCGUGCGGCCGCUGCAGAGACGUUUGUCCCACUUACUAUUGGAGGAGGCAUCAAAGAUACUGUCGAUCCAGACGGAACACCUCGCACGGCGCUUGAGGUCGCUGGGGCGUAUUUCCGCGCAGGGGCUGACAAGGUCAGCAUUGGGAGCGAGGCUGUUGUAGCUGUCGAAGCCAUGCUCGCGCGACCAGGGCAGACGCUAUCAGGCACAAGUCCGAUGGAGACUAUUUCGCAUGUGUACGGGCGUCAAGCCGUCGUGGUGUCCAUCGACCCCCGAAAAGUGUACGUGACCGACCCGGCCGACCAUGCAGAUGAAUUAGUCAUCGGCAAGACCGCUAUUUCUGCUCGGCCAGAAGAAAAGGAUAAGAUGUGGUGGUAUCAAGCGACUACCCAAGGCGGUCGAACGAAUCGUCCACUCUCGGUUGUUCAGCUUGCCAAGGGCGCGGAGCGAUUGGGUGCUGGAGAGAUCUUGCUGAAUAGCAUCGACCGAGAUGGGACGAAUAUCGGAUACGACUUGGAUCUUAUUAAACUUGUUAAGAACGCUGUGAAGAUCCCCGUGGUGGCGAGCAGUGGGGCAGGCAAGCCGAGUGAUUUUGUCGAAGUGUUUGAAAAGACGGGAGUUGAGGCGGCCUUGGCUGCAGGUAUCUUCCACAGGAAGGAGGUUCAGAUACCAGAUGUGAAGACUGCACUUAGGGAAGCACAAAUAAACCUGAUCUAUUCGUUAUCCGCUGACUAUAUUCCCCCUUAUUCUUUCUUUCUGUCUUUCUUCCGUCCAGUACCAGUCCCCCCUUCUGGAGACCCCCGCUACCCAACGACCACUGUCCGUGUUACAUCUCAGCGACCGUCUACUGCGGACCGGCCCACACGAAGCAACACCGUAUCGAGCCGCACUGGGGAACACACACGAUCUCACUCGCACUCGCGCUCCCACUCGACGAGCACGCGCACACAGCCCCCAAGCCAGCCGACUAGAACAACACAGCACUCAACCGGACUGAAGCACUCGCCCUCGGUUGCUCGCCACACUUCAACCCGCUCCGCAGCCCCGCACUCGACGUCCCGUCAACCCCACAAGUCCCACACAAUGGACAACGUCGUCGUCAAGAACGGCAUCCCCAUCGAGCCCACACGAGUCAAGCCCAGCAGGAGCAUGACCUCGGCCCCCUCCGGACAACCCGUCCAGCCCCCAAGUCGCUCGCUCUCCACCGAUCGUCUCGAUCGUCAGGCCGGCGAAAAGACACGCAAGACGUCCCCUCGUCCGCCCGCUAAAAAGUCGAAUCACGUUGACGUCAUUGACAAGCUUGAUUAUAGUGGUAUCGGGGCAGCCACCUUCCACCAUGAUGGUCCCUUUGAUGCCUGUGCCCCCUCGCGCAACAAGAACAAGACCAAGGCCCCCAUGUACGCAUUCGACGACGUGCCCCUCCAGCAGGCCGAGGACAUGGGCAACAAGAACCUUUCGCCCCGUGCGCAGGCCACGAUUAUGGCCAUGAGACAGACGCCAGGCUCUUCCCAUACGCUCCCAACGUAUGCCUCCAAGAAAAAGUCAUCCCCCAAGAAGAGCGCGCUUGCAGAAGCAUGGGGCAUCGCAGAGCCCGAGCCGUUUGAAGAAUUCUCGGCUGGGCGCCAGAGUGGAUAUGAACAAGGCAGCCCCAUGAACGGCAGCCGUGCGUCGAUCAACAACACAGGCACCCGAACGGGCAUGACUACUAACGCUUAUCCCGAAUACCCCGAUGCUCGCCCGCAACCAUUGAGGCGACCUUCCAAGGCCAUGCCUCCGCCCCAGCCCAUCCAACUCUAUCCCGAGUUUCCAGAGGGCGAUGACCCAGUGGCCAUGUCCACUGCCCCAUCGGCCUAUGGGCGCCCAGGUGCCCCGAAGCGCAGCAGAUCGCUUAUGCAGCGAUUCCGCAAGAUGCGGGAUAACCCCAACGCACCACCUCCCGCCGCGUACGAGGAAGAACCGCCGAUGCCCCCUCCACCAAGCGAUAUUCGCCUGCUGAGCCAACAGCGAGCGCCGCCUGUCCCGGAGCGGGACCCGUACAGCGUCGGCGCACGCGACAAGAGCUUGCCUGCGCCUCCCCCUGUGGCCAACGCCGAAUACUUUGAGAAGACGCAUGCUCCAGUUUCCCCUGCCGGAAUCAACCGCAAGGGUAGUCUGAUGCGCAAGGUCAAGGGCGUCAUGAGCCGCUAA